AGAAUAGAAUUUGAAGAUAAGAAGAUGUUUACAACGAUGUAAAAACAGCUAAUAUGUUACUUAAGUUGCUUAUUCUCACAACUGCUGUGUUGACAGUUACAGCACAACUAAAUCUAACACCAUUUGGCACAGCUUCUCAAAGCUCUAUUUUUACAAGUGGUAAAGGUGAACCGGAAAAUGCUGUAAACCCGCCUAUAUCAAAUUAUUUUGAUAAUGAUUUGACAAAAUGUACACACACAUACUCCUAUCUUCAUAGUAAAAAUAAAACUGCAUGGUGGAUGUUUGAAUUUUCUUUUGACACUGCGUACAUCACUGAUAUAACCUUAUAUUACAGAGAAAAAUUCGCCCAUCGAAUGAGUGGAUUUAAGCUGUAUGUAGCUAACACAUCAACAAUUCCACCUGACGGUUACCUAUGUUAUGCAGAUCCUGGUACUGAUCUCCCAAACAUCAAUCAGAGUAUUCCUUGUUAUCAAAUUGGACAAUAUGUUAUAUAUUUCGAUGAUAUAGGAUCUAAAGAGGACAAUAGGCACUAUGGACCAAUUGUUGAAUUGUGUUACGUUGCAAUCAAUGGUUGUCCGAAGAAAUUUUGGGGAAGUAAUUGCUCAACACCUUGCUCCAAAGAUUGUAUAGAUCAGCAUUGCUACCCGGGAAAUGGUUCCUGUGUUUGGGGAUGCAACUGUAUAAAUAGUAUUUGCAAUGUAGAUACUUUAGUUUGUAGUGAGGGUUGCAUGGAAAAUCGAACUGGAAGAAACUGCAAUAAAUAUAAUUUGGCAGCUGACGGUUUAGUUUCGCUGAAUUCAACAAGAAGUCAUAUUGCUAGUCAAAUAAAUAAUGGAAACAUUUCAUCGUGUUCCAAAAUUUAUGGUCCUGAAACAUGGAUACAGAUUGACAUUAAGGAACGAAGUUUUGUGUCAGAAAUAUUUCUGGUUAUUGGUGAUAACACUACAAAGGAAGUUAACCAUACCAUUUACGCUUCAAACAUAACUGGUUCUCGGACAAAUAGAACUCUUUUAUAUUCCGGGAAUAUUACUGGAAUAACUGAUAUCAUGAUUGACAACAUUUUCCGAUAUUUGAUUUAUGAACUUUCGAUUAAUGAUGAUUCUGAAGUUGAAGUAUGUGAAAUCGGGAUUGUUGGUUGCCCUCCUACGCAAUUUGGACUUUUAUGUACUAAACUAUACCCGGUAAACUGUAGUGGACCAUGUCACUUGGAAACUGGACAUUGUACAUAUGGCUGUUUAAACGGAUGGAUUGGAGAUACAUGUGAAUUUGAUCCAGAAUGUUACCAUCGUGUUGAAGACAAUUAUGUAGUGAAGUGUUUACCAGAAAUUUAUAAGGUGAAUCCAUUAAGUGGACCAGUUAAUGGUGGUACAUUGGUAACAAUAAUUGGACAAUUUAUUGGAAACGUGCACGAUAGUAUUUCUGUUGACUUUGAUGGUUUACGAUGUAACAACGUAACAGUCCAAACACCGCAUUCUAAUUUGACUUGUCUUACUGAAAAAAGCAACGCAUCUACGACAACCAUCAUACAUGUUUCAGUAAAUGGUAAUACAAGCAAUUCCAAUAACUUUUCCUUCACCUUUAAGGAUCCUGAGAUCUCCAAAUUCGCACCCAAAAAAGGUAUCUUAUCUGGAGGCACAAUUGUUACCAUUACAGGUCGCAAUAUUAGUUUCGAAGGAAACAAUAGAUACAACAUCUGGUUUUAUGAUAAUACGACUCGUAUAGAAUGCAGUUCAUUUCGAAAUACAAUCAGUUCAGAGAACAUCAAGUGCAAAACUGGAAUAUCACUUGUCUCUCGAAAUAUGAGUCGAUUGCAGGUUGUAAUAGAUGACUUGACACUGUUAACGUUUAACGACACUUUUCGAUAUUUACCAGAUCCAACAUUUACUCUUUCAAAUGAAUCAGUGCAAGCACAACAGAGUGGAGGUGCAACAUUUACAAUUCGUGGUAAAGGGUUUAAGAAUGUAGAAAAAAUAACUGUCGACAGAGUGGAUAAACCUUGCGAUGUACCAGAAGAUACUUCAGCUGUCUGUGAAACUCCACCAAAAUUAAAGAAUCAGAAUAACAGCCAAACAGUUUAUGUUCGAUUAGAUGGUGUGACUCUUCCAGUUACUAUAGAAUAUGUAGACGAUCCUACAUUUGAAAAGUUUUCAAGCGUAUACGAAUAUGACAAAGAAUCUAAAAUUAAAAUCAAGGGUGCGAACAUUCUAAACGGAGCCCAACCUGAAGAUUACAGUAUACAGAUCGGUUUGGAUGGAAGUUGUAUUAAUCUUGAAAUCACUAUGCAAUUAAUUACAUGUUUGCCACCAAAAUCGGUACCUCGAACUAACCAAACAGAUAUAAAUACUGUUUAUGUUAUUGUGUUUGUUGGAAGGAUCAAAGCAUACAUUGGUGACUUAAAAUACCAAGAAGACGUCAAAAUAUUAGCCAUAAUAGUUGGUGUUCUAGCUGCGGCAUUGGUUACAGCUGUUGUCAUUGGUAUAUCGGCUGUAGUUUUUUUAAGGAAGAAAAAGAAAAGGGUUAUGAAAGAAUUCAAAAUGGAACUGAUGACAAGAGAAGAAAUGAUAAGAAAGGCCAGUAGAGAAGAAUUCGCGGAUGCUCAGAUGAAUAUUAAAGACAUCAAAUCGGACCUAGUUACAACAAGAGUUCCAUUUUGCGACUACCAAACGUAUGUCCUCCAUCUCCUCUUUCCGAACCAAGACAUUAAAUCAAACCCACUGCUUCAUGAUUCAGAGACCACAGAUGACAAGAAAACCAGAAUAAAAAGUGCAAUGGAAAAAUUCGAAAUAUUGUUGUCGAAUAAGCUUUUCUUGAAGUCACUCGUUCAAACACUAGAUCGGCCGAAUAUGCUGACAAUGCAAGAAAAGGCUCAUUUCUCUUCGGUUUUGUCGAUUUCUUUGCUUGGAAAUAUGAGACUGUUCUUUGAAUUGGUUCAUUGUUUGCUGGUAGAUAUUAUUCGGGCCUCAACUAAAAAGCAGCAGAAAAGUUUAUUGAGAAGGUUAGAUUCAAUUACCAUGAGAUUAAUGGUAAAUUGGCUACAGACAGGACUGUAUAAACAAUUAACAUCACAUAGCGGUAUGCAACUGUUUAUGUUAUACAAAGCAGUACAGACAAUUAUUGAAAUGGCGCCAAUUGAUGCACUUACGACUAAUUCAAAAAACACCAUAGCAGAGGAAAAGCUUCUAAAAAUGAGGAUAGAACAUCAAACUAUUACUUUACAGAUAGAUUUGAAUGGAAAUAGUGACCAGCAUUAUCCUGUGAAAGUUCUUGACUGUGAUACAAUAUCGCAGGUGAAACAGAAAUGUUGUGCACAGAUUUAUAAAAAUAAACCUGCUUCAGAGAUUCCACACAAUGAUGAACUUUCUUUAGAAUGGCAAGAAGGAAAAGCAGGCAAACUUACGUUGAAUGAUAUAGACAACACCAGUGACAGAAACAAUGGACUGAUAUGUCUAAAUACCUUAAAACAUUAUAAGGUUAGCGAUAACUGUAGAAUGGCCCUAAUGUACAAGCAAAUUGACGAAGAGGAGGUAUAUGCUAAUUCAUCAGGAUUUCGAACUGAAAGUGUUACAUCAGAGGAUAUUACAUUACUGAUGUCAAGCAAUGACGAAGGCGAGGUUUCUGAAACACAAAAAUGGCACUUGGAAACCUGUUCGCCAAAUCUUCCGGAUGACAUAAAGUCUAAUAGAGAAUCUGACUUUGGUGACAUCUUUUUGAAUCGAUUAUUUCAUACAAAGUUGCUCCUUACCGACUACAUUGAUUCAACGUUUGAGGGAUUGAUAGACUCUCAAUCACUGUCCAUAUCAAUUCGAUACUUCCUCUGCAUGUUAGAUAAAUUGGGAAACGACUAUAAAAUUGAGUCCGAUGUUCUACAAGCAUGGAAAAAUGAGUGUUAUGCCGCGCGAGUUUGGGCUCCAUUGAUAGGAAAACCAGACAUACUGUUCGAUGUCAAUGUGCCUGGUCAUGUUGAACCAUGUUUGGACAUUCUUAGACAAGUGUUUGUAGAAAGCUUUACGCAGACAGCCCACAAAGUUAACAAGGAGUCACCACCACAGAAAUUAUUGUUCCAUAAAGAUAUACCAAGAUAUAGAAAACUCAUCGCUCCUUUCUUCAUACGAGUAGAGCCAGUGAAUGAUCAAGAAUUCUGGAGUGAAUUAGCAGAAAUAUCUAAUACACAGAAAGCAGAAUUGAAGUUCAGUCGACAAUCUACUCUUCAUCACUUGUAUAAUUUGUUUAUUGGGAAGUAUAAAUCUGAAAUUAUUGAUGAUUUUGAGGACAUGGAAAAAAGUAAAGACCUACAAUUUGCAAAUAAACUCGAGGAAGUCAUAGAUUUAAUGGAGGAAUUUUCGAGUGAUUCUUAAAUAAAGGAAUAUGUCUCGCAUCACAGAAACUGUUUAUAAAUUUUUUUUGGAAGCAAAGUAAACUUCAAUCAAAGCUAACAAUUUCUCAUCUAAGCAAAUGACGUUCAUAGAUUUCUUAAAUGGAUGUUUUAGUCAUUGUCGAAUAAAUGGACGUGAGUCGAUAAUUUAUCAAAUAAAGUCAAAUUGUAAAAAAGAUGAAAGUUGUAUGGCAUGUGCAAAUUUAUCAUAUCUCUUAUUGUAUUAUCAUUAUAAUAUAUUUACCGAUUUCAUUGGAAAUCUAUGUUUCAUCAUUAUCUUCAUGAGAUAAUUCCAGCGAAAAUAAAACUUAUGUAUUUAAAUCCAAUUGAAAUAAAUACCGAUAACUGUACAUACUAUAAGACAGAUUGUUAUCUCACUUUCGUUUAAUUUCGUCUUUUUAAAAUACAAAAUGGCUGAUACGCUUCUAAAAGACGGAACUGAACUGAACAUAAAAAGUAAGGAUCAGGGAAAACGAAACAGAAAAUUUCGUAAAUUCGUGAAUGUGAAUACAAUAUAUAAAUUUCAUCUGCUUACGAAUACGAGAAUAAAUACAUUUUGAUAACUUGUGCAGUUCAUUUAAGUUGUGUUGUACCAAUUGAUGUCGUAAGUGACCGUUGCUUGCUUCGCUGAUAUUUAAGCUAAAACGUGUAUGCUUGAGAAAGUGUAGUCAAAAGAAAUGAUAUAUCUCUUAAUAUCAUUAUAUUUCAUAUGUUUUCCGAUAUAAUUUUUGUUUGUCAACUGGUACGUUUUACAUGUUAUCAUAUUCAUGUCUAUUUAUAUCGACGGGAACUUAGACUUUUACUAGUACGUCAGCAUACUUGAUUGAUCAUGAGUUUCGGCUUUUUAAAGACAAAAAUCAACAACUAUAUUGAUUUUAGCAGUGGAAUGUUUAGAUGUUAAAUUAUAUUACUAACUCUGCUUUUGCUGUACAUUUGUAUUUGGCAAAACCUUUCAGAAUUUUGGAAUCCCAAUACUCUUCAAUUUCGUAAUCUAUUUGACCUGUAUAAUUUAUUUUGAUUCGAUCGAUACUGAUUAGUCUUUUGUAGACGUCUGGCGUACAAAAUAUUUAUCCUUAUCUAUGAUAUGUUUUUCUUUAAUAACUGACAUACUCGAAAUGUCUAAUAAGUAUCAAAAUAUAUAAAGAAUUAUCAUAUUUUAGAGUAUAAAUUUGUAGUUAUUUGGGGGAAAAGGGGGGGGGGAGGUAUUCCCAUAUCAAAUUUAGUAUUAGUUUAAACAUUCUUAUUUUUGGAAAUGUGGGUAUCUCGCUCUGAAAGACCGACCUAUUAUAGUUUUUGUGGUAUGUUUAUGUAACUAUUUUAUUUAUAUUAUAGUUAAAUAGCUAAAUAAUAAUUUUAUUAAUUAAAAAAAAAACUUA